AUGGCAGUGCUCGUUGUCGGUCUUGCGCUCCAGCACAUUGAACAGUCCAUGCGCAGCGCACAAGAAACAGCCGCCACAGUCAUUUGCCGCCAACGCACGGCAACUUUACCUUGCCCAAAGCCCCUGGAGGUUUUGGAGGCUACCAUCACGAGCUUUGGGAGAGCCGACCGCUCGUUCAGCCGAAUGGGCAGGAUGCUCCGGGCUUGGCAGGGCAGCAUCCCCAACAUGCACGACGAGGCCAGGGCGCGGUGGACCCGAAGCGCUCUGGCGAAGUGGCAAGACGUAGAUCAGAGGCUGACCGGGGCGGCGGCCUUGCUGAGACGGGUGCGGGCUCUGCUCCAUAACCGCGAGCUGGACCCGACACAUCCAGACUGGGACGGCGGCGUCCCCCCGCAUCCCGAAUGGCGCCGCCUCGACAGCGCCCAGCGGAGGAACUGGACCCUGACGGCAGAUUGGGCGCGGUCCGUGUCGGCCCAUACAAAUUGUCGUGGUGUCUCCCCGGGGAACCUUAGAUUCAUCACCCUCAUCUAG